AUGCCUCCUUCACGCUUCUUGUCCAUAUUCCGUUCUAAGCCUUGUAAGCCUGCAUUUGACGAUGAUGACGACGAUGCUCUGCUACAACAUAUCGCAUUGCCCUGGAUCGCGAGCCCUAUCGACAACGAUGAAGACCCUCCCCAACUAUACCGCCGUCCGGAUUCAACGCCCAUCGAGCUCUUCUUUGAUCUGUUCUUUGUGGCCAACUUAUCCACCUUCACCGAUACACAUGAGAUCAACAAUGUCAAGGUCCUAGGCGAAUAUGUCGGUUUUCUCGGCGUCAUAUGGUUUACCUGGUUGCAAGUCACCCUGUUUGACAUCCGAUUUGCCCGAGACUCCAUCUUCGAGCGGAUUUGUAAGGCCAUACAACUGGGGGCAAUGGUCGGUUUCGCGUCAGCCGGAACUCGUUUUACGACACGGAUUCACUCAGAGAAUAUCUGGGUUUUUCAAUCCCUGAGCUUGAUCCUUGCAGGCAGUCGGAUGCUGCUAGCUAUUCAAUAUGCCAUCAAUGUUGGGUUUUUGUAUCAUCGGCUUAAACCUGCCGCAAAAGGGAUUGCGGUCACUGCGGCUAUACUUUGGACAACGAGCCUCCUUUACCUUGGGAUGUACUUUAUGUUUAGCAAUGCCCAUUUAUUCCAUACCCGGAUCUGGACCGUCUGGUUUGUUCUGUUUGGCGUCGAGAUGUGGGCUGUCAUGGGCGUUUCUUGUAUAUCCCCGGGGAUCGGGUUUCAAGACACACAUCUGAACGUGCGGAUGGGCCUUCUCACGCUGAUUAUUAUCGGUGAAGGGGUCAUCUCGGUCACUCGUAUUGUCAACAAGACCGUGCGGCCCGGCGGGUGGACCAAGUGGUCGUUUGUUCAUAUCCUAGGGGUGACUACCAAUGUGUAUCUGCUGUGGCAGGCGUAUUUCGAUUUGUCUGCUCGAGGCAGGAUGAGGAAAAGGGCUCAGCAUGCAUGGGCUCAACUGCAUUUCCCGUUCCAUGUGGCUCUCAUUCUUCUUCUUGAGGGAUCCCAGAUCUUGGCUUUAACCUUGGACGUCACGCUGAAACUGAAGUAUCUUGGGGAAACUAUUCAAUUCGCAUGCGAGGAGCCGCGUCCAGACACCAACAAGGCUGUCGGGCUCAUCCGGAGCACAAUUGCGGACAUGGAGAUCCCCUUCAGUCGCGGUGCGACACAGGAAUGGGCCGCCAUAUCAAGUCUGCUGGAUGAACUCGCCCAGAAUCCCCUGUGUCGUGAACCGGAGUUGCGCCCCAAUUUCCUUUAUUCGGAGGACUUGAUCAACGACCUGAUGGGCAACGUGACCGCGGCACUUUUCUCUAGCAUGGGCAUUACACCGACAGUCAAGGGCGAUAGUAGUCGUAUUGACAACGAGCAACUGCUGCGGAUGUACAUGAAAGUGCUGGCUUUUGUUUACGAAUAUUUCUUCACCGUUGCCAGUCUGUGUAUGUGUCUUUUCGCCGCCUUUCUCGUUCUAACAGACCGCCACCAGCAGCGACUACUCCUCGGACUUUCGAUUGGAACGCGGAUCUUGCUCGCUGCGUUUCUUGCUAGUCUAGUUUCCUUCGCGAGUCACUUCUCGCUCGCGUACGCUUUCAUGACUUCUCCGGUUAUAUUAUAUGCCUUUACGUUGACGCUUGCCACGGGUUAG